GGGCGCCGCUCCGCAACCACCCCGGACGUCCCUGCGCUUUUCAGCCUCCCUGGGGGAUCGCGGGUCGCCUGUAUUUAAAGGUGCCACGUUGCUCAAGCCGCCGUUAUUUCGCGCUGUGAGCUACACCGUGGGCAGUGCUCUAAGGACGGCCGCCGGGGGACCCAGGAAACCUAGAAAUGGACUCAGUGGCCUUUGAGGAUGUGACUGUGAACUUCACCCUGGAGGAGUGGGCUCUUCUGAAUCCUUCCCAGAAGAAACUCUACAGAGAUGUGAUGCAGGAAACCUUCAGGAACCUGGCCUCAGUAGGAGACAAAUGGGAGGAUCGUAACAGUAAAAGUCUGUAUGAACAUGAGACAAAUCGAAGGCGCGUGAUAGAGGGUCCCUGUCAAAGUAAAGAAGGUAGUCCGCGCGGAGACCCCCGCCACCAGAAUCCAAGUCCAAAGCAGAUAAAGAAGAUUUCUACUGGAAUCAAACUCCGUAAAUGCAGUUUCUGUGGACAGGUGUUCAGGCAUCAUUCAUCCUUCAGCAGGCACAUGCUCUCCCACACUGGCCACAAACUGUACGAGUACCAGGAAUACGAAGAGAAGCCUUAUAAGUGUAAGGAGUGUGGGAAGGCCUUCAAACAUCGCCAGUCCAUCCGCGUACACGUCAGGACUCACACCGGCGAGAAACCUUACAAGUGCCAGCACUGUGGGAAAGCCUUCAAGCACUGCCAGUCCAUUCGCAAGCACGAAAGGAUCCACACCGGCGAAAAGCCCUACGCGUGCAAACAGUGCGGAGAAACAUUCCGGUAUCGACACAACUUCCAGAAACACGAGCGGACGCACACCGGAGAGCAGCCCUACAGGUGUAAGCACUGUGGGAAAGCCCUCAGUUGUCUCAGCUACUGCCGGAUUCACGAGCGAACUCACACCGGCGAGAAGCCGUACGAGUGUAAGCAAUGUGGGAAAGCCUUCAGUUACGCCAGUUACAUCCGAAUACACGAGAGAACUCACACUGGAGAGAAGCCCUAUGAGUGCAAGAAGUGCGGGAAAGCCUUCAGUUGCCCAAAUUACUUUCGAAAACAUGAGAAAACGCACACCGGGGAGAAACCCUACGAGUGUAAGCAGUGCGGUAAAGGCUUCAGCUGCCCUAGAUCCUUCCGCAGUCACGAAAAGAGACACCGGGGCGAGAAGCCGUACGAAUGUAAGGUAUGUGGUAAAACCUACAGCUGUCCCGUAUACUUUCGAAACCACGAAAGGAGACACAGCGGGGAGAAGUCCUAUGAAUGCAAGAUCUGUGGGAAGUCCUUCAGUUGUCCCAAGUAUUUCCGAAAACACGAGAGAAGUCACACGGGCGAGGAGCCCUGUGAAUGUAACGACUGUGAGAACCCCGUGAGUCCUCUCGCGAUAUUUCAAAGACACGUGAUGAAGGCCACCGGAGAUGGACCUUACAAGUGUAAGGAGUGCGGGAAGGUCUUCGACUGCCCCAAUUACUUUCGAUGUCACGAAAAGAUCCACAGCGGAGAAAAGCCAUACGGAUGUAAGGAAUGUGGCAAAGCCUUCAGUUCCUCCAUGUCCCUUCAAAACCACGAAAGAAGUCAUAGUAGGAAAAAACCUCACGAAUGUAAGGAAUGUGGCAAAGCCUUCAGUUUUCCUUGUUCCCUCCAGAAACACGAAAGAAGUCACACCGGGGAGAAACCCUAUGAAUGUAAACAGUGUGGGAAAGCCUUCACUUACCUCAGUUCUAUGCAAAAACACGAAAGAACUCACAGUGGAGAGAAGCCGUAUGAAUGUAAGCAGUGUGGGAAAGCCUUCAUUUAUCUCAGUUCUAUGCAAAAGCACGAAAGGACCCAUAGUGGAGAGAAGCCGUAUGAAUGUAAGCAGUGUGGGAAAGCCUUCAUUACUCUCUCAAACGUUCAAAGGCACAUGAUAAAGCACACUGGAGACGGGCCUUGUAAAUGUAAGGAAUGUGGGAAGGCCUUCGAUUGUCCUAGUUCGUUGCGAACACACGAACGGACUCACACCGGGGAGAAACCCUAUCAGUGUAAACAUUGUGGUAAAGCCUUUACUCGUUCCAGUUCCCUACGAAACCACGAGAGAACUCAUAGCGGAGCGUAGCCGUAUGAAUGUAAGGAAUGUGGGAAAAGCCUUCCGUUCCAGUUCUUUCUGAAUACACGAGAUCACUCACACGGGCGAGAAACGCUAUGUGCACAAACAAUACGGUCCAGUCCUACUCGCUGUUACCUUCACAUACACGGAACUCCUACUGGAGAGAAACCGAAUGGAAAGGAAAGUGGCGAAAGCCUUCCUUUAUCACAGUCUUUCGAGGACGCAUGGGUGCACGCGGGGGAGAAACCGUAUGAAUGUAAGGGACGGGGGAAGGCCAUCCGUGCGUUUCCGUGAGAAGCCACAGAAGAACCCACACUGCAGAGGGUAGUCUUGAAUGUAAACAUUGUAGGAAAAUUCACUUGCCCCACCUUCUUACAAAACCACAAGAGAAUGUAUAAUGGAUAGAUACUUUAUAAAGGAACACCUUCUGAUUUUAACAAAUGUUUUCAAAGUCCUUUGAAAACUGCACUGGAAGGAAAUCCUAUUUUUGUAAGUAAUAUGGGUAAGCCUGGUGCAAAUUAAUGAGCGUAUGACACUCCCCCAAAUUCACAACACGAAAGAAACGUUAUUAACAGUAUACAUAAUACUGUCUUCAUCAGCGGCUUUUUUUUCUCCAGUUUUAUUGGGAAAAAUUAACAUAUUACUGCAUAAGUUUAAGGCAUGUAGCCUGAUGGUGUGAUUCACAUAUUUUGUGGAAAAGGUACAAUGGCUCGUUUUUGUUUUGUUUAACGUUUAUUUAUUUUUCAGAGAGAGAGAGAGGGAGCUGCAGAAUCCGAAGCAGGCUCCAGGCUCCGAGCUGUCUGCACAGAGCCUGAUGCGGGGCUUGAACUCAAACUGUGAGAUCAUGACCUGAGCCAAAGUCGGACGCCCAACCAACUGAGCCACCCAGGGGGCCCCCCUUUUGUUUUUUAUUUUUAAAUUUAUUUAUUUUGCGUGAGUGGGUGAGGUGAAGGGAGAGAGAGAAGAUCUCAAGCAAGCUCUGCACUGACAGUGGGCUCGAACUCACAAACCAUGAGACCGUGACCUGAGCCGAAGUCAGAUGCUUAACCGACUGAGCCACCCAGGCGCCCCUACAGUGGCUCAUUCUUAAAGUAAUUCUCUGUAGUUUGGAUUUCUACUUUAGUUUUGCAAGUAAACAUUGAGGUGGGAAAAUAUUACAGGUACUCACGAAGCAGCAGAUUCUGAGUUUAACAGGUAAAAUUUUCCACUUGGUAAAAGGCUAGUGUUUCUAUUUGGACGACUUUUAUCCGUGGACGAACUGAAGUCUGUUUCCAACACGCAAGUAGGUUUAAUUUUUACAUAAUUUUUUCAUUUUUCUGUAAGGAUAGGGCUAUUGAGUAAUGACGUGUCAUCCUUAAAAACAAACUGCCAAUGCUUCAGCAAAAAUGAGUUUUGCAGCAAUAGAGAAGUGCAGUUCCGGACAAGGAAGCCAUGCAUGGCCAUGGCCAUCGGCAACCGGAGGACAAAGGAGAGGAGUGCUCCUCCUACAGAAGAAAGCGGGGGACUUGGGAGGGGCUGUUAUGAACACAAGUUUGAUCAGAGCACACCGGGGCUUCAAAAUACAGCGGCUUUUCAUUGGCCGAGUCGUGACUGUGUCAUUGGCUGGCCUGUUGUGGGGUGAGGGGGAACCCUUUCUUCUCCUGCAGAGAUAAUAAGUAGUCGCCAAAGUGGUAGUUCAGGGUACGUCCCGUCCUGUUGAGUGGGCACCUGAGGAGCCAUAGGGCUGGGAACUUCUGCUGAGCUCCUGACUCCAUUUUCAACAGGUUUCCUUUUGUCAACUUUUACAUUUCUUCCUUUGGUCGAGAUCUUUCUUUGAACGCGUUGCUGCUGAAGAGUCAGGCUUUCCACGUUGAGUGGUUUUCUCUUUCAGGGCCUCCAUUAGAAAGAAAGCGCAGAGCCGUUGGACCCCCCGUUAGCCACAUCUGAGUAACUAAUCUGGGUUAGAGGGAGAACUCCUAGGCAUUUCCCAACCAAGGUCUGUGUCUUCUCAAGGUCAGAGGUGUUGGAGAUCAUCUCGGGAGUGUUGAGGCAGCAUCACCUUAUUGGGUACAUUUUUUUUUUUUUUUAAUUUUUCUUAAUGUUUAUUUUUGAAGGAGAGACAGAGAGACAGAGCGUGAGCGGGGGAGGGGCAGAGAGAGGGGGAGACACAAAAUCCGAAACAGGCUCCAGGCUCUGAGCUGUCAGCACAGAGCCCGACGCGGGGCUCGAACUCACAAACUGCGAGAUCAUGACCUGAGCUGAAGUCGGUCGCUCAACCGACCGAGCCACCCAGGCGCCCCUCAAAGGCUUUUUAAAGAGUGUUCUCUCAAAAGAGCUGUUGGUGACCAAAUGGAUUACAUCCUGUAAGGUCGCUAAUUCAGAGAUGGUGAAUUUGGAGGAGAAUCCAGUCAGUUACCCUUUCCGAUGAAAGAAAGACUUGUGAAUUUCGAAUCUUCUUCUUUUUUUUUUUUUUUUUUUAAUUCUUUUAAUGUUUAUUUUUGAGAGAGAAAGCGCAAGCAGGGGAAGGGCAGAGAGGGAGAGGGAGAGGGAGACAGAGGAUCCAAAGCGGGCUCUGUGCUGACAGCAGCAUGCCCGACAUGGGGCUCAAACUUGGGAACUGUGAGGCCAUGACCUGAGCUGAAGCCAGACGCUCAACCGGCUGAGCCACCCAGGCACCCCUGAAUUUUGAACCUUCUAACGCUUCACAAAAAGGGACUGAAAAAUUAAUUUCUCACAGGGUCACGGUCAGGCUAUUUCUGAAAGGUCAUAAUCAAAAGAAGCGAUUGCCCCCUUUGUGCAAGGGUUUGGGAAAUGCAGGCAAGGGCUUUGUGUUUCCGCAAGAGGGGGAGAAGAAGCAACAAUGAGAAAAAGGUGUGUUGGCCUAGUCUGGAUCUCUUGGGAAAGCCUGUGUGGUCAGAUGUUGGCCCCUUCAAUUCUGGGAAAUCCUUACCUUCCGUUCGCCACGGAGCGAGCAGGUCCAGCCAGGGUGUGGUGCUUUCUCGACAGGUAUCCUGCGAAUCCGAGAGUCUGUUCCUGAAGUUGGGCAACCCAAGGGUUGGUUAGCAGUUCCUGAAAAGGACCUUUCCAACGAGGUUGAAGAGCCUGGAGUUAAUCUUCUCCAACACACGGAACCUCCGCGUUGCAAGGUUUAAUGCUUAAGGUUGUCAUCUCUCAGAAGUGCGGCGUAAAAAGGUUGUACUUACCAAGGCGUGGUUAUUUUUUAAUAAAAGCGAUUAGGCCUUCUCA